CCCUCUCUCCGUGCUGCCGGCGAACGCCCCUUGACACGCCCACGAUGAGAGAGUGAGGCUGGCUGCAGAACUCAACACACCGCUGUGGUUGGCAGUGGAAGACGCGGAGGCAUCAGCCGCACCAUCCGACGAUCAUGGCGCAAGUUGCUGUCUCACUUCUGCUAUUUUGGCUCGUCUGUGGCAUCUGUUGUUCUCUCGGUGGAAAAGUCAACAAGCACAAGCCGUGGAUAGAAGCUUCUUACCAUGGCGUGAUCACAGAGAACAUGGGCACUGUGCUGCUGGACCCUCCACUUGUUGCUCUCGACAAGGAUGCGCCGGUCCCCUACGCAGGGGAAAUUUGUGCCUUUAAGAUUUAUGGUCAGGACGUUCCGUUCGAGGCGGUUGUGUUGAAUCGCACCUCGGGAGAAGGCGUACUGAGAGCCAGCGGCCAUGUGGACUGCGAGAGCCAGAAGGAAUACACAUUUAUUAUCCAGGCCUACGACUGCGGAGCUGGACCCAGUGGGGCCGACUGGAAGAAAUCCCACAAGGCCGUGGUUCACAUUCAGGUGGAUGACGUCAAUGAGUUCUGCCCGGUGUUUCGGGAGCCACUAUACAAGGCUUCAGUAAUUGAAGGCAAGAUCUACGACAGCAUUUUGCAGGUGGAGGCCUGGGACCAGGACUGUUCUCCGCAGUACAGUCAGAUCUGCAACUAUGAAAUCGUCACUGCAGGCACGCCGUUUGCCAUAGAUCGCAAUGGAAAUAUUAGAAAUACAGAGCGACUGAACUAUGACAAGCAGCAGAGCUACAAGAUCAUGGUGACAGCCUUUGACUGUGGUCAGAAGAGGGCAAAGGAGGAUGUGGCUGUGCAUAUUGAUGUCAAGCCCGUCUGCAAAGCUGGAUGGCAAGGCUGGAACAAGCGGGUGGACUAUGAACCCGGUACUGGUAGCAAGCCUCUCUUUCCCAAGCUGCAUUUGGAAACAUGCGGAGGACCCUUGUCUGGCAUAAAAGUGAUGGUGGAGCUCCAAACCAGUCACAUUGGGAAGGGCUGCGACCGGGAAACGUAUUCCGAGAAGUCUCUGCAAAAACUCUGCGGUGCAGCAUCAGGCAGUACAGAUCUCCUUCCCGCCCCGAACCCGUCCACCAACUGGACGGCGUCCCUCUUAACCGACAGCGGACGUGACAGUGACCUCAUCUACAGAUUUGACGGACAACAGGCAGCCAACGUCCCCGAUCAUGUGGUGCCCCAAAACCUGACGGAUCAGUUCACCAUAGCGACGUGGAUGAAACACGGUCCCAGUCCGGGUCUCAGAGCUGAGAAGGAAACUUUACUGUGCAACUCUGACAAAACCGAAAUGAACCGCCACCAUUAUUCUCUCUAUAUUCACAACUGCCGCCUGGUCUUCCUGCUCCGAAGAGAUUUCAGCCAACUGGAUACUUUCAGACCUGCUGAAUUCCACUGGAAGCUGGAGCAGAUCUGUGACAAAGAGUGGCACUAUUACGUGAUCAAUGUGGAGUUCCCCGCUGUGACUCUCUUUGUGGAUGGUGUGACCUAUGAACCCUACCUGGUGACUGAUGAUUGGCCAAUCCAUGCCUCAAAGAUCGAUACGCAGCUCACAGUGGGUGCCUGCUGGCAAGGUGGCGAAGUAGCGACUCCGAGGUUCGCCCAGUAUUUCCACGGCAGCUUGUCGGGCCUGACAAUCCGCCCGGGCCGCAUCGAAACCCAGAAGGUUAUCUCCUGUUUGCAGGCCUGCAAAGAAGGUCUUGAUAUUAACUCCCUUGAAAGCCUGGCUAAGGACAUCAAGUUCCAUUUCAACCCUGCACAGUCAAUGCUGGUCGUGGAAGGGGAAGAUCUAGACAGCAUCAACACAGCCAUGACCAAAGUGUCUUACAUCAACUCUCGCCAGUUUCCCACGCCGGGCCUGCGACGGCUCCGCAUCAGCACCACUGUGCUGUGUUUUGGGGAGGACGCGUGUCUCUCCGUCCCCGAUGUCAAAGCAGUCGUCACGGUGCAGCCUCCCAGCGAACCCAGAAUCACCAUCACGGGAUCCAAUCGACUGGUCAGGCCCGCCGUUGACCUUCGCGCUCCGCUGGGCGUGGCUCCUUUCAAGGAGCUUUACAUCACCAGCACAGUAACAAAGGGAGACGGCUUCAGCGGAUCCCGCAGGCCAGGUGUGAUGGAGGUGAUGCAUAACUUGGACUAUUGUGAUAUCCUGGUGAUUGGGGACGAGCUAAAUCCCGAGAGAGAGAGUCUAUAUAUUCAUCACAGCGCUCUGCUGGGAAAACACCUGGAUGCCACCAACUCCACCUCGGGAAUAUCAAUAUACGGUGUGGAUUCCAUGGCGCACUAUGAGCAGGCGCUGCGUCAGGUGCGCUACAGGAACUGGCAACCUGCCACCCUGACUGAGAGAAGGUUUCGACUCACCUGCUCGGAACUUAACGGCCGUUACACCAGCAAUGAAUUCAUCUUGGAGGUCAGUGUUCUUCACCACGCAAAGCCGGCGGAGCGCGUCAAUCAUGCCGUGCCUCAGCCGCAGUACAUGAGGGCAGUUCAUCACCCGCUCAUGAUCCACACGCCUAAUUCCCACAUGUCAGUAUCAGCUCCUCCAGCUGCCACAGUUGUUAUUGUGGUCUGCAUCGCCGCCCUGGUGGUGAUUGUGGUGAUUGGCGUCUACAGAAUCCAUGUCACUCAUCAGGAGAACUCCGGGGACCAAGAGGAUGGCGGCAAAGGGCCCGAGGUGGACUGGGACAAGUCUGCACUCAACAUCACUGUAAACCCCAUGGAGAAUGUGAGAGGAGCUCAUGCGCUUAGUGAAGGAAUGAGUGAAGAGCUGUGUAGGGAGGGAGAAGACAAGGAUGAAGAACAUGUGGGAGGAAUCGCAAAUGCAGAGUCAGAUAACAGCGAUGACGACGAGGAUGAAGAGGAGGACGACGAUGAUGAGGAGGGGGUGGUGGAAAUGGCAAAGGAGACGAAUCCCAAGUGGCACAGGUCCUCCGGAACAUACUGACCGCAGAAACACGUACACAUAAGAUUGAAAGAUAGGUACAUAUACUGCACAUAUACUGUAAACACUGCGCUCUCUCUUCCAUCUCUUGCUUGACACACGCACAUACACACACACACGUAUACACUAAUACACACGUACACGCGAGCCUUGCUCUUGCCGUUAUUUCCAAUCAAACAUUCCCCCCUGCUGGACAAAGUUGUAACUACAGUCCAAGCGGUAUUCAUGAUUUACGGAACAUGAACAAAAAGAAGGAAAUCAAAGCAGUCUUGUGUUCUUACUUUUGCAUUAGCAGGGGUCCAGUUCAAUAGUCAUGAACCGAGCAUGGUGAUUGGAGUACGUACUGUAGUUCUGACCCAAACAUAAACACAAAAAGUUAGGGACUGGGCUUUCGUGUGAAAUUUCAGGAUUUGGAGGUUGAACCAAUUAGCAGAUGAGGUCGUGCGGGUCAGAGAGUAUGAAAAAUGGACUAGUGGUGGGUGAGAAUAGGAGUUAGCCUCGCUAGCUGUGGGUCUUUCGCUUGCUGCUCGUCUUAAAAUAUUCAUACCCUCGAGACCGCAGGACUGGGGGCGAGGAACCGAGGCUGUACAACAUACGGACGUGUGGAAGGAAAUAUGUGACCAAAAUUGGAUCACGUAGCGCGGUCACUAGCAAAAUAUGCAAGUCUAUCCGCAAAUAUCAUAAAAGCACAAGUGAAAAAGAAGGAGAGAAACAGAGAAAUGGUGAACUUUAUUUGACCUUCUUGAAACUUUUGAAUGUCCGACGUUCAAGUGGUUUUUGCACAACAGCGAGCUAAAUGGCGAAAGUCACUGUUUUGACGCAUGAACAUUUACAAGUUAAUCCACUUCUUUCCCUUUCUGUGACUCCUCCAAUCUCUCCAAUCCGCAGUCUGCCGACGCCACUCAAGGCUCAGUGUCUACUUUCUGUCUGCGAACAUCCUUCUGAUGCUUCAGACAGGAAGUGGGCCCUGAGCUUAUCCUGAAAUUUCAACCCAGAUAGAUACCCAACAUCUCUAACUUUUUGUGAGUAGUGUAUUUGAUAUUUGAAAUGAAAUACAUUUUUUUUCUGAAUUACUUUUGUACCAUUUACUUUUCCAAAAUUCUAAUGGAAAGAGAAUGACGACUACACACCCAUAUGUAAAUUAUCUUUAUGUACAAUUGCACACAAUGUAGGAACAAUCUUUUUUUAUUUUUAUUUUUUUUUUUAGUCAUUGCACUGCUUUAUUGUCCUUCAAUGUGGCACAAGAGAUGGGAAGUAGCUAAAUGUUGGCUUUCAGAGUAGUUCGUAACAGAGUUGUCAAGUUAGUGCGUUCUUGUUUUCAUCUUUAGCUGAAAGCUGACACCCUUUGUGGACUUACCUAGAAACAUCCCAUUGCAUGACUGCUACCGCAGGUUUUUAUUGUAAAGUAUCGUGAUUUAGGUCAAGGACCUAACAGACGCGACUACAGUGGUGCCUUGAGAUACGGGAUUACUUUGUUCCAUGAACACGCACGUAAAUCAACGCACGUCUCUCAAAUCAACUUCCCCCGUUAAAAUGAACGGAGUCACCAUUAAUCCGAUACAGCCCCCUCAAAAAAAAAAAAAAAAAAUUAAGAAAAGUAGGACUGUUCCUGGCGGCACUGUGGCUCAGUUUGAAAGUGCUGGCCUCACAGUUCUGAGGUCCCCCGGGUUCAUACCUGGACCCACCUGUGUGGAGUUUGCAUGUUUUCCCUGGGCCUGCAUGGGUUUUUUCCGGGCACUCCGGUUUCCUCCCACAUCCCAAAAACAUGCAACAUUAAUUGGACACUCUAAAUUGCCCAUAGGUGUGAUUGUGAGUGUGACAGAUGUCUGUCUCCAUGUGCCCUGCGAUUGGGUGGCAAUCAGUUCAGGGUGUACCCCGCCUCCUGCCCGUUGACAGCUGGGAUAGGCUCCAGCACUCCCUGUGACCCUCGUGAGGAUAAGCGGCUAAGAAGAUGAAUGGAUGGAUGGAGGACUGCUCCUUGUGGUGUGCACGCUUGGCCAUCUGGGGGCAGUAUUCACACAUGAACAUUUUUGGAGAUGGUCACAACUCUUCAGUAAACUGGUGAAGUAUUAGUGUUUUGGUUUUUUUUUUCACCAGAGGAUAAAGAAUAUAAGGUAUGCCUCUGACUAUUGUUAAUAUUAUCAGUCUACAGAUUCACUGCUGCUCCACCAUUUCUGUCCGUAUUCGUAGCUCAAAGGGUUCGAAGAGCGUGACACUGAUGCUUCUCGUGAGCCCAUCUAAAGUUUUCUGUGUUAGCAUUAAACUCGCAGAGUUAUGUAGUUACUUUGAUCACAUGUAAUUAUUUUACUUUGAUGGUAAACUUAACAGCUUCAAGCCUCUUUUAUUUAUUUUUUAUUUUUUUAUUUUUCAAGACCUGCCAAACUGAUGCUUGUGGUUGAGUUGAGCCGAAUGGAGGUCACUGUCAUCCAUUUAACACAAAUUUGCUUGCACGUCAAAGCAAAGGGGAAAAAAAUGUAUGUGGAAAAAUCGCAUCUAAAGGCAUCACUGUAUGUCCCCGUUAUCGUUUAGCUUCUUUGGUUUAUCGCAGGUACUUGAUGCAGAAAUUAUUAUCAUUAUGCCAUCAGGUAAUAAUCUAAUAAUGUGGAUGGGAGGUCAAAAGGUCAGUGGGCUGCUCUUCUAAUGAACUUUGGAUUGUUAAAAGAUGUAAAGAAAAAGAGUUUGAAGUUGCUCUCUUCUCCUCUUAGAAUUCCAUUUCAGUGCCUCCAAGAAAGAAAACUCCUAAAAGCAGUUAUUUUAAUCUUAUUUUUAUUAUCAAUAAUGUUGAUUUAUACCCCAGCGAAUAUUAACAAGAUUUCUGAUGAGAAGUGUGUUUCCUAUUAAUGUCAGACGAAUCGGUCACUAUUUAAUCCAACCCCGUCAUUAACCACUUGAAUAACUUUUUUUUUUUAACAUCAUAUCAAUCCAGUCUCAGAGUAGUUCUCCUCUCUCUUGCACUCCUGUUGGUCUGGUUGUUAUGUCAUCAUUGUGGGACAUUUGUCAUGUUGUGCGCUUCUGCCAGAGCAAAUAACUUGUUUACAUACAUGAAGCGAACCGUGUAAAGAUUGAGUUAUGAACAGUUCUUUUGUAUAUUCUGGGUUUUAUUUCUUAUUAUUUGUAAACAAAUGAUUGAGAUUUCUCCCUCUGUAGUGGUCAUCCCACUGCUUUCUGUAUAUUGACCAAU